GUUUCCUUUAACUGAUUGUUCCUGCUGUAAGUAAUGUAAACAGACGCGGCGCGUUUGAUUCUCAACAUCUACCAACAUCGACGCGGGAACACGACAAACUUAGCAAACGCAAAAACCAUUAAAGAAACGCUUUAAUUCGUAUAAAUUAAAUUAUAUAAAAAAAAAUGAUUAUUGAAGCUACACAUGUCAAUGUAAAGCAUGAGCACGAAGGUCAUUUGAGAGGCUUGUUGAGGAGACGAAAUUCCAUGAAACGACCUAUGAUUCAGCUUAAAUGUGAACCAAGCCGAUUGAAACAAAAGCCAACGGAAGAAUUUACAAUUCAAAGUGUCAAACAGAUUCGUAGCGAAUUAAACAACAUGUUAAGAACGAUCACGGAGGCAAUUACUCACCAGUUAACUUUGAACCGGCACAUUCACUUGGAUGGUGUCAAUCAGUUGCAGAAAACCCUCCUUUCUGUGUUAAAACCAUUUGAACAACUGGAUCUAUUGCAAUUAAAUAUGAUCGCGGUAAAUUAUUCUUUAAAAGAUAUAUUCUCUUCCUUCGAUGACAUUUAUUCUUUUCUAAUGAUGUAUUACUCUACGAUUACUUUGUACGAAAGGGUGGAAAUCUUUCUAAAGAAAGGCCUAGAGUUAGUUAACCAAUUGUACGAUCUCCUAUACUUUCAAACAACGUUGCAAUUUACCAUGGCUCGUGUCCCUCUUUCAGACACUGGGCUUCAUAAUUUAAACCUUCUGGUUUCUACUCUCGAAAAACAAUCAACUAGCCUGAGCACCACGGCAACAGCAUUGAUUCCUUUACAAGAAGAACUUGAGCAAGCUAAUUCUUACUAUAAGUGCUGGCAACGAGCACAUACGAUCCUUACUAUCUUUGCAGAGCCUUAUCAUCUUCCGAAACACAUUCGUAAUGAAAUUGCUUCUUGGUUUCAAAAUAUGCCCAGCUGUCAUCCCAAGCAGCUCAUUUUACUAAGGUUAUAUCUUUAAUGCUCACAAUUAAUGCAAACGAAAUAUACUCAAUACGAGCGAACUUAAUAAUAAGGAUGCAAAUGUACAAAUCACGCGAACCUAAUAUACACAAUGACAUAUUCAGUGUAAACAUAUUAUGCGGAACAAUAUUAAACAUUAGUACACCC